CGUCGCUCGUGCACGCGUUCGUUGUGCUCGCGGCUCGGCCACUCGUGCUUUUAUUGUGCAUUCCUCGUUUUCCCGGCUCUUGGCGAUCCCAAGCGGUGAACGUAAUAAACUUUAUUACUUUGUUUCAAAUCCUUCCUGGAUACCGUUUCCUCAGUGAAGCGAGAAAUCGCGGAGAGGUUGCAAAUUAUACUUGGCAAACUCUUCUAAAACAACCAAAAUGAGCGAAACCGAAGCCGCCGUUAACCCGAAAGCGUACCCGCUGGCCGACGCGCCGUUGACCAGCAAGAUGCUGAACCUGGUCCAGCAGGCCGCCAACUACAAGCAGCUCCGUAAAGGUGCCAAUGAAGCCACGAAGACUUUGAACCGAGGCCUCGCUGAGUUUAUCGUCAUGGCAGCAGAUGCUGAGCCGUUGGAGAUUGUACUACACAUUCCACUGCUCUGCGAGGAUAAGAAUGUCCCCUAUGUUUUCGUCCGCUCCAAGCAAGCCUUGGGCCGCGCGUGUGGCGUCUCCCGCCCUAUUGUGGCGUGCUCCAUUACCAUUAAUGAGGGCUCCCAGCUGAAGCCUCAGAUUCAGAGUAUUCAGCAAGAAAUUGAAAGACUAUUAGUGUAAGAGUGUGUGAGAGAGAUGUAUUUUCUUAAAUAUAAGCUUUAAACUCA